AUGUCUCUAUUCAACGACAAGAAGGACUUCAAGACAGUCAAGACCGACUUCCAACAGAAGCACUCCGACCAGGAAGACGACACCUCCAUCCUCAUGACCUUCCACAACACAAAACCUUCACCUUUGAUCAUCGUCCUCACUAUCAUCUCCUCAAUCUCUGGAUUCAUGUUUGGUUACGAUACAGGUUAUAUAUCAUCUGCACUAGUUGCCAUCGGGACAGAUUUGGACAAUAAAGUGUUGACAUAUGGUGAAAAGGAAAUGAUCACUGCUGCCACUUCGUUGGGGGCCUUGAUCACCGCGACUAUGGCUGGUCUUUCUGCUGAUUUCUUUGGUAGAAAACCAACUAUAAUGAGUUCAAAUAUCUUGUUUUUAGUCGGUGCUGCCCUACAAUGUGCUGCUCAUACUUUCUGGGUCAUGACCGUGGGGAGAUUCAUCAUGGGGUUUGGGAUUGGGAUUGGUUCCUUGGUGUCUCCUUUAUUCAUUAGUGAGAUUUCUCCAUCAAGAUUCAGAGGUCGUUUAACUGUUAUUAACUGUCUUUGUAUCACUGGUGGUCAAUUAGUCGCGUAUGGUUGUGGUGCUGGGUUGACCCAUGUUACUCAUGGUUGGAGAAUCCUUGUCGGUCUAAGUUUGAUCCCUGCUGCUAUCCAAUUCUUUGUGUUUUUUUGGUUACCAGAUACUCCAAGAUAUUAUAUAAUGAAGGGUCAAUUGGAGAAAGCUUGUGCAGUUUUGAAAAGAACCCAUUUAGACUCGACUGAGGAAUUGAUUGAAUUGAAAGUUCAGGAAUUAUCACGUUUGAAUAAUCAAAUCCCUGGUUCAAAUAUCUUGAUCCAAACUUGGAAUGCUAUAAAAGAAGUUCAUAGAGUUCCUUCAAACUUAAGAGCUUUAAUAAUCGCGUGUGGAUUACAAGGUAUUCAACAAUUCACUGGUUUCAAUUCAUUAAUGUAUUUCAGUUCCACAAUUUUCGAAACUGUGGGAUUUAAAGAUUCCACCGCAGUGUCCAUUGUUGUUGCAGGUACGAAUUUCGUCUUUACAGUUAUUGCAUUCUUCAUUAUUGAUUGGGCUGGUCGUCGUUUGAUGUUAUUGUUAGCUAUCCCGGGUAUGAUUGUUUCAUUAGUUGUCUGUGCAAUUGCAUUCCAUUUCCUAGGUGUUAAAUUUGAUGGUGGUGAAGCAAUUGUCGAAUCAAGUGGAAUCUCAGGUUGGGGGAUUGUUGUUAUCAUUGGUAUGAUUUUAUUCGUGGCAACUUAUGCUAUUGGGAUUGGUAAUGUUCCAUGGCAACAAUCUGAAUUGUUUCCUCAAUCAGUUAGAGGUAUUGGUACUUCAUUUGCCACUGCAACUAAUUGGGCAGGUUCUUUAGUUAUAUCUUCAACUUUCUUAACAAUGUUGAGAAACAUUACACCACCAGGGACAUUUGCAUUAUUUGCUGCAUUAUGUGCAGUUUCUUGGGUUUUCGUUUGGUUUUGUUAUCCUGAAUUGAGUGGGUUAGAAUUGGAGGAGACUCAACAAUUAUUAACUGGUGGGUUUAAUAUUAAAGCCUCUAAAAUUUUGGCUAAAAAGAGAAAAUCUCAUAUCGAUGUGGAAAAUCAAAUUAAAGCAUCACAUGAGAUUGUUAAUCAUGUUAAUUGA